UCAGUGCCACAGUUCCUCUGCAGAGUGAUCGGGAGGGUGUCAGUCUGUUUCUGAAGUGCUGAGUUUCAGUGUGUGCCGAUAACCAAGGCUCCUCUGUGGUCUAUCAGCCCAUCUCCACCACGCUCAUCCGCCUUCCUUCGGGGGAGCUGGACAAGCCAGCUGCACAGAGAGGAAAUACCAGGAGGAUAAUGACCUAAAGGCCUUUGUCAUUUUGCAGAUUUUUGUUUUUACCAAAGGCUGUGGAAUACAGCUAUUUCAGCUCAGGGUGUUCUUUUUGGUGCUAGGUAGAAGAUGAGGAAACACCGGCUGUUACCGCUGUGCGCUCUUCUGGGUGUCCUGUUCGCAGGACUUCUGCCCAAACUUGAUGCCCAGGGUCAGGAAGCACAAGAGUCAGCUGACCUUGUACUCUUAAUUGACGGAUCUGAGAACGUUGGAGCGGCCAACUUCCCCCGCGUGCGCGAUUUGGCUAUGAAAGUCAUUGAGGGCCUCGAUGUGGGCAGGGACACAAUUCGGGUGGCUGUGGCUCUGUACAGCGCGGACCUAGAGAUUCAGUUCUUUCUAAAUAGCUAUGACACCAAAGCCGCUGUCCUGGACGCUGUGAAGGCCCUUCAGUUCACAGGCGGCGAUGAGGCUAACCUUGGAGCCGCCUUGGAGAAUGUCGCCGGGAGCCUGUUGACUCCGGCAUCAGGGGGCAGGGCAGAGGAGGGGGUGCCCCAAGCUCUGGUGGUGAUCAGUGCCGGGCCGUCCAAUGACGAUUUCAGUGCGGGUGACAGGGCUCUUAAGGCAGCGAGCAUUAUCACGUUUGGCGUGGUGGUCGGCGGCGAGGCUACAGCCGAGCUGGAGACUAUCGCCACAGACAAGAGCUUUGUUCUGUCGGCCCCCGAUUUCAGGGCAGUGGCAAGCUUGGGUGACCAGUUGCUACCAUAUGUUAAUGCAGUGGCCCAGCGCACCAUUGUCAUUCAGAAUGAAUUCACAGAAGCCUUGGAAGUGGGAAAAAGGGAUAUCAUUUUUCUCGUUGACACCACUAUGGGUGCCACAUUGAUCAACUCUCUUCGUGAGUUUAUCAGAAAGUUUGUUGACACCAUGCCGAUCGGACCGGAUCAAGUGCAAGUGGGUGUGACCCAGUUCAGCAACACUGCCACGGAUGAGAUUGAGCUGAACGCAUAUGGAUCCAAGGAAGACCUGAGUGCAGCCCUGGGUAGACUCAAGCCAAAACAAGGACAAGUGGUGAACAUCGGGGCGGCCCUGGACUUUGUGAGGACCAAUACGCUGAGGGCUGACAAGGGGAGUCGUAUUAAGCAGGGCGUGCCCCAGCUGGUUCUGUUGUUGACCAGUAAGAAGUCCAGCGACAGUGUGGGGCAGGCUGCUGAGGCACUGCAGCGCAUGGGGGUUCUGACCCUGGCUGCUGGCUCUAAGACGGCCGAUGAGCAGGAGCUGAAGCAGAUUGCCUUUGAUGAGAGCUUGGUGUUCAUGCUGAAGGACUUCCGCGCAUUGAUCCGCAACCCCAAGUUGAUUGUCUCUCCCCUCUCCACUCUAUCGGGGGUUGUGGUGAUUGAGGGACCGACAGAGCCAGUGGUUGAAAUUACAACAGUGCAGACCCAGCGAGUAGUCAGAGACAUCGUCUUUAUGGUGGAUGGGUCUAGCUACAUUGGGGGUGCCAACCUUCCGUACGUGCGGGAUUUCAUUGCCAGUGUGGUAAACCAGCUGGACGUGCGGCCCGACAGGGUGCGCAUCGGUCUUAUGCAAUUCGCAGAGAACCCAAAAAUUGAAUUCUAUCUGAACACGCACAACACAAAGCAAGAUGUGCUGGCUAGCCUGGGUGAGCUCAGGCUAAUGGGAGGGUCUGCUUUGAACACGGGAGCGGCAAUGGAUUACGCACUUACCAACAUGUUCCAGGCCUCGACUGGGUCACGUAAGAGGCAAGGUGUCCAACAGGUGCUUCUCCUGAUCACUGGAGGCCCAUCCCAGGAUGAGGUUAAAAGGAUAGCAGACAAAGUGGCCGUGGCGGGUGUACUGACCUUCACAGUCAGUGCUGGCCAGGCAGAUGAGGACUACUUGAAGACGGUCGCUUUUGUUCCAAACUUGGCUUACCAUGAAAGCAGAUUUGCUGACCUGCCAAGUGUUGUUGAACAGAUCAUGACUCCUUUGACUACUGUGGUUGGAGAUACAGACAUCACAGAAAUAGAAAUAACCGAGGAACCUGCAGUCAUUGGAGGCGAGAGGGAUGUUGCGUUCCUGAUUGACGGAUCUGAUAAUGUCCGAGCAGAUUUCCCCUACAUCCGGGACUUUAUCAUCAAAGUCAUUGAGCCUCUUGAUAUUGGACAAGAUAGAGUGCGGAUUUCAGUUGUCCAGCAUAGUGAGAGGCCAGCUCCCAAUUUCUACCUGAAUACAUAUAAGGAUAAGGCUGAAGUUUUAAGGGCUGUUAAUGAUCUAAGACUGUCUGGUGGACGGAGUCUGAACACCGGAAUGGCUUUGAAAUUCAUGAAGGACACCAUCCUGUCCCCAGUUCAUGGUAGUCGGGCGGCUCAAAAUGUACCCCAGUUUUUGAUUGUUUUGACCGGAGGCAAGUCUAAGGAUAGCGUGAAGGAGUCUGCUGGUGCUUUAAAGACAGAUGGAGUGGUACCAUUUGGCGUUGGUGUCAAGGAUGCAGACCCUAAGCAAAUCGAGGCUAUUUCUCACAACCCAUCCUUUGCUUUCAACGUGAAGGAAUUCAGCCAGCUCAGUACGGUCCAACAAAAGCUCAAUAGCUAUGUGAGCCUUUCCAAGGAAAAGCUGAAGGUCGUCUUGGAGGAAGCUGAGUCUCAGGGUCCCAAGAAGGAUAUCGUCUUCCUUGUUGAUGGCUCAGAUGGCGUUGGAAGGGAGUUCCCCAUCAUCCAGGAGUUCAUCAGCUCAAUCGUGAAGAACCUCAACGUGGGCGAGAACAAGAUCAGGAUUGGUGUGGUGCAGUAUGGCGACUCCCCCAAUGCAGAUAUCUACCUAAACUCCCACACAACCAAGGAGGGUGUUAUGAAUGCUGUCAAGGGACUGAGGCAGCGAGGUGGCCGGGAACGUAACCUGGGUCAGGCAGUGGAGUUUGUCAGCAGUGAAGUGCUGAAUGUUCGACGUGGCGGCAGGAAGGAGGAGGGUGUUCCACAGUUCCUGAUUGUCGUUUCUGGUGGAAGGUCCACAGAUGAUAUCCGUCGACCUGCGACCUCACUGAAGAAGUCAGGCGUUUUGCCCUUCAGCAUCGGGACCAGAGAUGUAAACUCUCAGGAGCUUCAGGUUGUUUCCUAUGUUCCCAACUUUGCAUACACUGUGGAUGACCUCCCUGGCCUGUACACAGUCCAGGACAAACUGAUCUCCACGCUCACAGAGAUGUCCGAUGACGACAUUGCCAGGCUACGUCCUGUUUUCCCAACUCCGGAUGUCAUAGUACCCACUGGCGGAGAAAAGAGGGAUGUGGUUUUCCUCAUUGACGGCACAACAGCUGUGCGCAGCGAGUUCCCCGCCAUCCGUGACAUGAUCGGGAGGGUCGUGGAAAAGCUGGACGUGGGUCUGGAUCGGGUGAGGGUGUCAGUGGUGCAGUACAGCGACGAUGCCAAAACGGAGUUCCUCUUGAACGAGCACUCCACCAAAGACGAGGUCCGCCAAGCCACGAGGAAGAUUCAGAGCAGGGGUGGAAACCGUCUAAACACUGGCCGUGCCCUCGAUUGGGUCUCCAAGAACAUCUAUCAGAGAUCAGCCGGUAGCCGCAUCGAGGAGGGUGUGCCUCAGUUCCUCAUUCUAGUCACGGGGGGAAAGUCCAACGACGACGUCUCUGGACCAGCCAACCAGCUGAAGACCAACCUGGUUGCCCCUCUUGCCAUCGGGGCAAAGAAUGCCGACCCCAACGAACUGAGGCAGAUCUCCCUGAAGCCAGAAUUCGCCUACUCCAUUAACAACUUUGGGCAGCUUCCAACAGUGGAACAGCAGCUUAUUGCUUCAGUCAACACCAUGACCACCACUGACAUCUCCACUAGUUUUGUCCCUCCUGUUUUGGAUAUUGCUAACCUCAACAUGGGGAGGAAGGACAUCAUCUUCCUCAUAGACGGCUCGGACACCACAGGGUCCAGUGGCAUCGCCCACAUCCGUGACUUCAUCCUCAACAUCGUUCAGCAGCUGGAUGUGCAACCUGACCAGGUUCGGAUCGCUGUUGUCCAAUACUCUGACAAGGUCAAGACGGAUUUCUCUCUCAAUUCCCACAACAACAAGCCAGCUGUGCUCUCUGCCAUCAAAAGAUUACGCCAGCAGGGUGGCAGAUCGUCCGAUCUAGCCAAAGCCAUCGAGUAUGUGAUCAGGAACGAGCUGAAAUCCUCAGCGGGUGUCCGGCUUGCGGAGGCCUCCCAGCAUCUAGUGGUCCUCACCGGCGGGAGGUCCCCCACUGACGUUUCUGUGUAUGGCCCUCUGCUCAAAGGCUCUCGGGUCAACUGCAUUGGCAUUGGGGCUGGCGGAGCAGACUCCAGGCAGCUCAACCAGAUUGCCACCAGCUCUGCCGAUGUUCUUCAGGUACCUACUUUCCCCGGCUUGCCUACCAUUAAGGAGAGGUUCAUUGCCAGGCUCAAUGGGACAAUCCCCGAGGAGGCCCCUACAGAAAUUGAUGACCCAACUUCAGGACUCCCGAAAGCCAAGGCUGCUGACAUCGUGUUCUUGGUGGAUGGCUCCAUCAACCUUGGCAAGGACAACUUCAAGGAAGUGAUGGAGUUUAUCCUGAACCUUGUAGACCUCUUCUUCACCGAGCGUGACAACCUGCAGAUUGGCCUGGCCCACUAUGCCACCGACGUCACCGACGUCUUCUACCUCAACACCUACAAGACCAAGGAUGACAUCAUCAACGCCCUUAGUCGCACAGAGUACAAGGGUGGCCGCAGGAUCAACACGGGUGCUGCCAUUCGCCACGUGCAGGAGAACCACUUCAUCAAAGAUAAAGGCAGCAGGAAGGAUGAGGGCAUCCCCCAGAUCCUGAUGAUCGUCACUGGCGGAAAGUCAUCUGACGAUGGCAAGACUGCCGCUCUGGGGUUGAAGGCCACCGGUGUCCGUAUCUACGCCGUUGGCGUGGGCGACAUUGAGGACGAGUUGAACAACCUGGCAAGCGAGGCCUCCACGGUGGCCAGGGCGAGCACGUUCAUGGAGCUCUCUGAGCUCAACGAGCAGAUCUUGGAAACAUUGGACGACGAGGUGAAGGGAAUCAAGCUGUGCACUGGCGUGAGCCAGGAACCCUCGAAAGCCUGCAGUCUGGAGGUGUUGGUGGGCUUCGACGUGUCCUCGCAGAACAUCUUCCAGGCCCAGAGGAUCCUGGAGUCCAAGAUGGGUGCCAUCCUCCAGAGGAUCACCAAGAUGACGGGCAUCAGUUGCUCAUCGGGACAGAUCCCCUCGAUCCAGGUGGGCAUCCUGGCCAUGGAUAGCGCCUCGGAACCUGUCCACUUGGAGUUCACGGACAACGCCGACAUGCUGUUUGAGGCAUUCCGGGCCCUGCGCAAUCGCGGCCCCUAUGUCCUCAAUGCCAAGACCAUUUCCGCAUACGGUUCGAGGUUCAAAAGCCGAGCCGCAGACGCAGUCAAGGUUGUGAUCCAUCUGACUGACGGUCUGGAUGGCCAGUAUAACGAAAUGAAGAGAGGAGUUGAAGAACUUAAGAUUUCAGGUGUGAACAGCUUCAUCCUGGUGGGUCUGGAGCGGGUACCCAGGUUUGAGGAGGCUGUGCUGCUGGAGUUUGGCCGAGGCUUCAGGUACACCAGACCCCUCCGAGUCAAUGUCAUGGACCUGGACUACGAGCUUCUGGAGGAACUGGACAACAUUGCUGAGAGGGAGUGCUGUGCAGUGCCAUGUAAAUGCACCGGCACAAGGGGAGACCGAGGAGCAGUCGGGCUUGGAGGAUCCAAGGGCAGCCCAGGUGGAGCAGGCGGAGCAGGACAUCCCGGAGAUGAGGGAGGACCCGGAGACAGAGGUCCUCCUGGUGUCAAUGGAACGCAAGGUUUCCAGGGCUGUCCUGGACAGAGGGGCAUCAAGGGCGGUCGUGGAUACUCUGGAGAAAAGGGGGAAUAUGGAGAGAUCGGCCUGGAUGGCAUAAACGGAGAAGAGGGCAAGAGUGGAGUCGCUGGACCCCCAGGAGACAGAGGGCACUCUGGGAGAAGGGGACCCAAAGGAACUAAAGGACAUGCAGGAGACAUCGGGGAUACAGGAAUCAGAGGAGAUCCUGGAACCACAGGUCAAGAUAACAAUGUGGCUGGACCUAAAGGAGACCCAGGCGAUGUCGGCCCAGUGGGAGAGCCAGGGGAGGAUGGUAAGAAGGGAGGCCCCGGUGAACCAGGCAGGACGGGUUCUGAUGGUAGAAGAGGCCCACCUGGACAAGCUGGAAACCCUGGCAAACCCGGAGGCGAUGGUGUGCAGGGAGAGCCUGGUAUUGGAGGAUCCAGAGGCCAAGCUGGACCAAUCGGUGCACCUGGAACCAGAGGUGAGGACGGAAACCCUGGACCAAGGGGUCCAGGAGGAGCCCAGGGAACCCCCGGAGACAAGGGCAGGAGAGGAGCUCUGGGUCGCAAGGGUGAGCCAGGAGAGCCCGGACCAAAAGGCAUCGUGGGACCUCUGGGACCUCGUGGUGAGCCUGGUGAAGAUGGUCGAGAUGGAUUUGGUAUCGCAGGGCCCAAAGGAAGAAAGGGUGAUGAGGGCUUCCCGGGAUUCCCAGGACCAAAGGGGGCGGCAGGUGAUGGAGGAAACAAUGGCGGACCAGGACCCAUAGGAAACCGUGGCCAGAGGGGUGUUUCAGGUGAAAUCGGUACUCCGGGUCAAAAGGGAGAGGUUGGAUACCCCGGGCCUUAUGGCCAGAAAGGACCGAGAGGACCUGGCGUUGUGCAAUGUGACCUUGUGAAGAAAAUCAGAGACAACUGUCCUUGCUGCUAUGGUCAACAGGAGUGCCCUCUCUACCCCACUGAGCUAGCCUUCGCCCUGGACGCCUCAGACGGCGUGGGUCGGCCUGCCUUCAACAACAUGCGUGACGCCGUGCUCCGCCUGGUCGGCAACAUCACCAUCUCCGAGAGCAAUUGCCCACGCGGUGCCCGCGUGGCCCUCACCCUCUACAACAACGAGGUGACCACCGAGAUCCGCUUUGCCGAUGCGCUGAAGCGCCGCUCUCUGGUGCAGCGUGUGGAAGGCUUGCAGGCAUUACAGACGCGCAAACAGCGCAGCCUGGAGACGGCCAUGAACUUCCUGGCACAGAACACCUUCAAGAGGGUGCGCAGCGGCUUCCUCAUGAGGAAGGUCGCCAUAUUCUUUGUCAACGGGCCAGUGAAGGAUCAGCGGGCAGUCAGCGCCGCGGCCCUCCGUCUCUAUGACUCUGGCAUCGCCUCAGUGUUUCUGGUCAACAAAGAGGAUGGCCAGCUUACCAGAGCCCUGAAGAUGAACAACACUGGGUCAGCACUGGGUCAGGUGAUCGUACUGCCUAAUCCCGGAAGUGCACAGUACAACUCGGCUAUCCAAAAGGUCAUGAGCUGCCACAUCUGCCUGGACUCCUGUGCUCCAGACCAAAUGUGUGACUACGUCCCCCCUCAGCAGUCGAGAGACAGGAGGUCCUCCACCACCGACGUGGACAUUGACAUGGCCUUCGUCAUGGACAGCUCCGAGACCACCUACCCCACUGUCUUCACCGAGAUUAAACGCUAUGUUGCUCACAUUGUAGAGCAACUUGAAGUCUCGUCAGACCCUAUGGCAUCCAUCCACCACGCUCGUGUGGCUGUGAUCCAGCAGGCACCCUACGAGUUCCUGCGCAACAGCAGCGGCUCGCCGAUCCGCGUGGACGUGGGUCUGACCGACCACCGCUCGGCCCAAGACAUCCGCAACUUCCUCCUGGACAAAACGCCCCAACUGGAGGGUGGGCGGGCGCUGGCGGCAGCCAUCGAGCACACGGUGGAGCAGGUGUUUGAAAGGGCGCCCCACCAGCGUGACCUCAAGGUGCUGACAUUGUUCGUGACAGGCCCAGUGGAGGAGGAUGAGGAGCGGCUGGUUGCCGUGGCCACCGAUGCCAAGUGCAAGGGCUAUUUCUUGGUCAUCCUGGGCGUUGGCGAGAAACUUAGUGCUGGGGACGCCCGCGUGAUGAUGCGCAUGGCCAGUGAGCCCUCCGACGUCUUCUUCAAGAGGCUGACCAGCACCUCACACUUCUACGACAAGCACAUUCAGAACUUUGGCCGACUGCUGCCCAAGUAUCUCAGCAUUGAGAACGCUUUCUACAUGUCCCCUGAAGUCUCCAAAAACUGUCAUUGGUACCAGAGUGACCAGCCAUUCCCCAAGUUCCCCUUCCCCAAAUCACACCACAGCCAAGAGAAACAUCAAAAACACCAUGAAAAUCACCAGGCAGUCCAUCCAAGAAAGCACAAAGACCAAGAGGAGUUGCACGUAGCCAACACCACUUCCAGUGGCCUGACCCUGCGCUGGGCCAGCCCAGACCCCAAGCUCAUAGCCUACUUCGAGGUGGUGGUGACGCGCCUGCGCGACCACACACUGGUGCUGAGGAGGAAUGUGACAGGCACGGAGCUCACUGUAGGCGGCCUGGAGAGCGCCCAGACCUACCACGCCGUGGUGACCACACGCACCGCCCAGGGCCACGUUGCGGCCACACACAAAGGCAUUAUUACCACCAAAGCAGCAGCAGAGCAUAAGAUCGCUUCUCCCAUGGAGGUGACUGGUAUCAUAGCCACUACACCACUGGACAAACCAGAGAUUGCUAACGAGCUCACAGACCCAUGCUCUCUUGACUUUGACCCUGGAUUGGCGUGCAAAAACCAUCAGGCUAAGUGGUUCUUUGACAGAAAGAAUGGGAUCUGUACCCAGUUCUGGUAUGGUGGUUGUGAAGGCAAUGGCAAUAGGUUCGAGACUGAAGCCCAGUGCUUGAAAUGCUGCAUGAGGUCAGAACCUGAGCAACAAGUGGAACAGCUUCAGACUGAGAUCCUUUCAGUUCCCGCGGCCUUGACAGGAGUGGAAAUCUGUCAGCUCCCCAAAGAGGAAGGGGCAUGCGCAAAGUUUGUUCUCAAGUGGCACUACGAUGCACUCAGCAAGAGCUGCUCACGCUUCUGGUACGGAGGCUGUGGCGGCAACCAGAAUCGCUUCGAAACUCAAGAGGAGUGUGAGAAGGCCUGUGGAAAAGCAGCUCUGCCUCGAGGGCAAAAGGCAUGGGAUUGGUUGGAUGAAAGCCGCGCAAACCCCGAGCGGCACUCACAGCGACGAGUGAGAAUGAAAGGAAAGAGAAGAAAAGGCUCGCUAGGUGCACCUGUCAACCAAGGAGUCAUUGCCGCAAUACGAACAUAGGAGGACAUUGACUCAUUGUCAACAUAUUCCUCUUCUGAGAUUCGGAAGAAAACCAAUUCAAAUGGCCAAAGAAAAGCUAUACCAAAGGAAAGGUGGCUGCACUGGAUUCCAUGAACAGGAUUUGAUCAAAAACAAUCUUGAAGUAGUCUUUUUCACAAAAUGAAAGCAACACAAUUUGCUGCAUGAUUUUUCCUACUGGUGCUACAUAGUGUUUUUUAGUUCUCUGAUGGAGUUGCAGAGUACAUCCAGUGUUUGUAAUGUAAAACAUUCUGCAACAGUUACACCAUAUGUUUAACAUAAAAUAAUAAACUCAUGAGAAUAAGGUUGUAUAAUUAAAAUGUAUGUGUAUGACCAUCUUGGGACAGAGAUGAUCAAUAAAUCGUUAUUUACACACACACACAGGUCCACAAUGACUUUGAAAGGGUCAUCAUAGGUUUAUUUUACUUCACUAUAUAAGUAAGUAAGCAUUUCACUGUUAAUCUACACAUGUUGUUUACAAAGCAUGUGAUGAAUAACAUUUGAUUUGAUAUAUCCCCCAAUUUACUUUCCCUCACCAUGCCAAAUACUCUCCUAGUUGCAGAGUUCACGCUGAUGCUAACACAAGUCCUACCUGGCAGUGUGUAUAUAAUGAGUUAAACCAAUUUCUCAGCAUCAAAAGGAAUUCAUCAUGUAACGUCAAUGCACUUCUGGAACCACUGCCUCAAACACAUGUUCCAGUUUUUGAAUAUGGAAUGUAAUUGUCAAGCUGUUUUUUGUUUUGUUUUACUAAACUUUGUGUUUCAUCUGGGAACGGGGGAAAUAAAAAUGAAUUAGACUUUCUAAUAAACUCGAGCAUUGAA